GCCUUUCAGUUCAGUCAUGAGUUUCCAGUAAGAAGAGGCGUGUGGUGAGAAAGCAACAUCAUCAUUUCUGCAUAAGCCUAACUGUAAGGAUUACUUUUACAGUGACCGUCCGAUUUACACUGAAUUGAUGGAUCUCCACUUUAAACUUUCUGUCCAGUUCGGACUAUUAUUUUCAAGAACUGGAUAAUAGCUAAACGAGAAAUCCUGCGCACUUCACUACUCUUACGGGAAUGGACAUUUGGUGAGGUAAGCAAGUUUCCCCAAACAUUUUCUUUCUCAGAAGAUGUAACUUGGACUUUUUAAACUUUCACGCCAGAUAUUUUUGGUCAGUAGUGUAUCAAAAAACUGAUACAUGAAUGUCAAAGAGAAGCUGAACCAGUAGAACCAGCUUGAGUUUCGCGCAGCUGGAAAAAGUCUCCUCUGCUCUGCUCUGUUCCUUUUUAUAAAAAACGCAAGGAACCAGCAGCAAUGGCAGGAACAAACAGCUCAAACAUGAAAACUCUGGAGGAUUUAACUCUGGACUCUGGUUAUGGAGCAGGGGACUCGUGCAAGUCCUUAAGCCUGUCGUCGUCCAAGUCAAACUCGCAGGCGUUCAUGAACACCCCUCACCGGGGGAACUGGUGGUACUACUCCGGAUCCAUGAACAGCAGAAACAACAGUUGGGAUACAGUCAACACAGUGCUUCCCGAGGAUCCAGAGGACAUUUUCUCUAAGUGCCCACGCUUACCGGAGCUGGAGGAGUUCCCGUGGACGGAGGAGGAUGUGGGGAGGGUCGUGCGUAAAGGUGCGGGGAAGGGCGCCUCGCUCUCCGCGGAGGCUGUGCGCAGACUAGCCACCCUGAUGCGCAGAGCGCUCAUCCGCAUCUCCAGAGAGGCGCAGCGGCUCAGUGUCAUGCACUGCAGAUGCACCAGGUUCGAGGUCCAAAGCGCGAUCCGCCUGGUGCUCAGUUGGGCGCUGGCGGAUCACUGCGUCUCGGCCACUGUGAAGGCCAUAUCUAUGUACAACAUGAGCGCUGGAGAGCUCUUGCGCAAGGGAAAGUCAGCCCGAUGUGGGCUUGUGUUCUCCGUGGGACGGUUUUUUCGCUGGAUGGUGGACACUCGGAUCGCGGUGCGCAUCCACGAGUACGCGGCCAUCUGCCUGACCGCGUGUAUGGAGGCGCUCGUGGAGGAGGUGGGAGUGCGCGUGCUGAUGGCGGAGAGGGAAGGCGCGACACCCGGCUGCGUCCUGACAGCAGAGGCGCUGGAGGGGGUCAUCAAUAAUGAUGCCGAGCUAUGGGGUGUCCUACAACACUAUGAGCAUCUCAUCUGUGGGAAGAACGCCAAUGGUGUUCUGUCACUUCCGGCUCAUUUCAGUCCAUACACAGAGGGAUGUCAGACGGGAUUGGAGAGCAGAGAGGAUGCGUACGCUGAACUGGAGCUGCGGACACUCGAGCAGGCCUUACUGGCUACAUGUGUGGGCAGCAUUUCAGAACUGAGUGACCUGGUGUCACGGGCCAUGCACCAUAUGCAGCGCCUCAGUUCUGUCCGUCACGGGCUCAGUCCGGCACGACAUGCCCGCCAGCAGCAAGUCUCCUGGUCUCCGGACGCCCUCCACACUCUCUACUACUUCCUGCGAUGCCCUCAGAUGGAGUCCAUGGAGAACCCCAACCUGGAUCCGCCCAGGAUGGCCCUGAGCAAAGAAAGGCCGUUCCUCCUCCUCCCUCCGCUGAUGGAGUGGAUGCGUGUGGCCAUCGUUCACGCGGAGCAUCGCCGCAGCUUAUUGGUGGACAGCGAUGAUGUCAGACAGACAGCACGGCUACUCCUGCCUGGGCUAGACUGUGAGCCUAGACUGCUAAAGCCUGAGUGCUGUUUUAGUUCCUUCAGGCGGCUGGAUGCCAAAGCCGCUACAGAUAAGUUCCAGCUGGACCUGGGCUUUCGCAUGCUCAACUGCGGCCGCACCGAUCUGAUUGGCCAGGCCAUCGAGCUGCUGGGGCCAGAUGGUGUCAACAGCAUGGAUGACCAGGGUAUGACCCCGCUGAUGUACGCCUGCUCAGCUGGAGACGAAGCUUUAGUCCAGAUGCUGAUUGAUGCUGGAGCCAAUCUGGAUGUAGCAGUACCCGUUUGCUCUCCCAAACAUCCUUCAGUCCACCAAGACAGCCGCCACUGGGUGGCGCUCACAUUCGCUGUGUUACAUGGACAUAUAUCAGUAGUGCAGCUUCUAUUAGAUGCCGGGGCAAAUGUGGAAGGAGCAGCCGUCCGUAACGGACAGGAGAGCAAUGUCGAGACGCCUCUCCAGCUGGCAUCUGCAGCAGGGAAUUACGAGAUGGUUAGUUUACUGCUGGCGCGGGGUGCAGAUCCCCUGCUGAGGUCCCAGGACGGUAACACACUGACAUCAUCGCUCUAUGAGGACAUGAACUGCUUCAGUCAUGCUGCCGCCCAUGGCCAUAGGAAUGUUUUAAGGAAGCUCCUCUCUCAGCCUCAGAAGGUGAGGGAAGAUGUGCUUUCGCUGGAGGAGAUCCUGGCAGAGGGUGUGGAGGGCGAGACGCGGGCGUCUGGCCGGAACGGACAUUCUCUACCCCCUCCUCCAUCCCCUAACCUCAGCCUGGUGUCAGAAGAUGCCCUGCCCAAGCUGUGUAAGGCCCGUAUGAAAGCUCUGCAGGAGGCGUCAUUCUACAGUGCAGAGCACGGUUACCUGGAUGUCACCAUGGAGCUCAGAUCACUGGGAGUGCCGUGGAAGCUUCAUGUAUGGUUGGAGUCACUGCGCAGUGCUCAGCAAAAGUCCAGAGCUGGAGUCACGCUCUCCCUUUUGCGUGACUUCACUUCCAUCAGAGAGGAGGACUACUGUGAGGAACUGGUCUGCGUUGGUUUUCCUCUGAUGUUUAACAUCCUGAAAAAUAGCAAGAACGAGGCAAUACUCCAACAGCUGGGCAUCAUUUUUAGUCACUGUUAUGGUCCUGCUCCACUUCCUCCUAUCCAGGAAAAGAAGGCUGCGCUCUCCGCUCAACUUGACCCUCACUUCCUGAACAACCCAGAGAUGUCUGACGUGACGUUCCUAGUGGAGGGCAAACCUUUCUAUGCUCACGGGGUUCUGCUGCUCACAGCGUCCGAUAGGUUCAAAACUCUGUUGGCACUGAACGGGUCGGACAGCACUCAUCCACGCAAAGACAUUGAGAUCAGUAACGUCAAGUACAACAUCUUCCAGAUGAUGAUGUCAUACCUGUACUGCGGGGGGACAGAGUCUCUGAAGAUGGGCGUCUCAAAGUUACUGGAGUUACUGUCAGCAGCCAGUUUGUUCCAGCUGGGGGCGCUACAGAGGCACUGUGAAAUUCUCUGCGCUCAGAGCAUUGACCUUGACAAUGCUGUGAACAUCUACCAAACUGCUAAGGCUCAUGGUGCGGUGGAGCUCUGUACAUACUGUGAAGGUUUCUUCCUGCAGAACAUGGCAGGUCUAUUGGAGAGGGAAGCCUUCCGGGCGCUGAUCCUGGGGUCCGGGACACGAAGCGGGUCUGGAAAAGACUCUCUUCUGGAAGAGCUUGAGGCAACGUUAACACGCAGACUACGCUCACUGCUAGUGACUUCUCGUGUGUGAAAGGAAAAGAUGGAAAAAUAGAAGGAAAUACACAAAGAAGAAAGGACAUGAAUGUGUAGAUGUUAAGACAAUAUGGAAAGACUGAGGAAAUGUGAAAAGGAAAUGCUGUUGAAAAAAAAAAAAAAAGACGGACUGACUGAAGUUGAGCUUUUUGGACAGUUUCAUGAAUUCUAAAAAUCAUUUAAUGGACACAAGCUUGACAUUAAAUGCUGCAGCAUUUGUGUGGCUAUAGCUAUCGAACUAAAGUAUGUUAAGAUUGUGUUAAUUUGUGGACAACAGUUUUCCCACACUUAAACAUGCCAUUUUGUACAGAGUUUGGCUAAAGUGGGAGGCUAGAGCAUAUCUUUUUCCCUUCAUAAUUGUUUUAUUUUAAGCUAUUAUAGAUGAAUCUUGUAAUGGAGAAAAACAAGGACAUGUUCUAUUUAAAGAUGUGAGAUUAUUUAAUUUGCUAUUUUAUCUUGUUUCACGCCAAGCAAAUAAAGUUAUAUAUAAACAAAA